UAAAAUUAAAGUAAUGAACAAAUCGAUUGAUUUUUAAAAAUUGAUUGAUUUUACUUUUGUUUACUAAUAAUUGUCGUAAGUAAACGAGUAAUUAUUUUGAUAAAUUCAAAAUGGCGGAAAAGACUGCGUUGGAUAUGGUAUUUCUGUAUGUUUUCACCGAGAGAUACCAUCUUAUUACUGUGGAUCUGGUUUAUCUAGCUUCUGGUGAAUGGCAGCAUGUUUGGAAGUACGUUAAACCAUUAAAACACGAAACAUACGUUGAUGAGAGUAAAAUAACUAAGUUUUUAGAAGCAACUGCAGAUUCUUUGCAAUCUAAAAGUUGGUACUAUACAAAGCGUGUCGGUAUAGAAGCAGAGGCACAAUACAACAAACUGAGAAAAUUGGUUUCUAUAGCAAUUAUCAAGCCUUUUUUGUUCAAGAAUAAUCAAGAUACAAAACCAGAGACAAAGAUUCCAAAACUAAAUUUCCACCAGUCUCAGCAGCUUGGUGUGAAAUUAUUGGAGCCCCAGAAGUUUAAAGACGCUGGUCAUAGUACGUCACGCAAACCAAAUGACGUCAGAGGAACUUCGAAAUAUAGCAGUAGAACAUCGAUGGACAAUAUGUCAGCCUAUACUGACCGGAACACUAUAUUAAACGAGAAAAUGACAAGGCUUCGUGAGUUUUGCAGUCCAAAAGAGAUUGUCGAAGAGUUAGCAAGUGUUUUUAAAACAGACUGGCGGGCAGCAUUUGAGCAUUGUCGAAUUUCUAAUGAUAAAGGCGACACCAUCAGCUUCCUCAGACGUAUCUUACAAGUAUCAUAUGAGCAGGUUUGCUGGCCAAUUGCCGAGUCACAAUUAGUUCUAAUGCAACGAGAAGCUUUGAAGAUUGUGAGUGGAUCAAAUAAAGUAAACGCUGAGUUUCCAGACAGUGAAAUUCUGCAAGAAUUCAGAAGACAGUAUGCAAGUAUAUCUCUUAAAUAUUUGAAACAGAAUUUUUUCGAGAAACAUAUGAAGACCCUGUUGAAAAGACAUAACAUAAUUUAUAAAAAUGUCCCAAUCGAUGAAGAAAAUGUUGACGUUUAUACCGCAAAGUGCAUAGAGAUCUCGUGGUUCAUGUGUGUACAAAAUCCACCAAUGGUGUUCCAGUUUGAAGUGAAUAACGAGGAAGAACUAAGAUACCUCUUCCGGAACUUUCAGGAACACGGUCAUCAGCACGAGUAUAUUGUUUGGCCCGCCGUUAGACUUUUUAAACAUGGUAAAGUCUUGGAGAAAGGUUAUGCUAUGUUUUACUGAACAGUUAUGGAACAAGGAUUAUAAUUCUUUAUUAAGUAAAACCCUCUAAUUUGAAUUAUUUCGAAACUGUAUGAGGAAAAAGUUAAUCAACAUGAUUGUGUGAUAAAUACACGUGCUAAAUGGGAAUCGAACCAAGGUCAUUCGGAAAAGAAACACACUUCUAUGUUUUGGUUUUUUCCGAUAAAAUUUUGAUAAGAUUAGAAAAGGUCUUUUAAGAACUACUAUAUUAUCAUAAUUUUUAUUUGGGUCUCAUCCAUACAUAACAACACACAAACUACCAAGUAAAUAUAAAAAAGAAAGUAGAACAACACGUCAAAACCCCGGAGUAUGUUUAAAGAUCCUGUAACACAAUUUUUUAUGGUUUUAUAUCAUAAAUACGAUGCUCAAAUUAAGAUUUAUCAAUUUUGUAGGUUCCAAAUAGCAUUAUUUAUGAAGAUAUUACCGAAUUUAACAUUUCAUGUAAAGAAAUGGAGGUAACAAAAAAAAUUGUUUUGUAUUAAGUCCAAGUCAAUUUUUUCCAUAAGAAAUGAAUGCAUAUAUCUUUAAAUGAUUACGUAUAAUAUGUACAAAUAUUCGCAGUGCAUAUUUUACAUAUUAUUCGAUGUUUGAAAAUUGAUUAUAAGCAUAAUUAUAUACAUACAUGUAUAAUAUAAAUUCACUAAAGUGUGGUAUACAACCUCAAUUAAAACAUACAGGAUCUUUAAGACACUUUAUUUAUCGACCGGUUUCUGUCAAACAAUGGCCUUCAUCAGGAUAGUACAAUUUCAAUAUAAAAAUUCACCCUAAGGUAUGAAAUAAUUCAAUUACAUAGAUUUACAAAAUAAAAGUUGUUUGUAUACGGCCAUUCUGAACUACAAAAGACAGUGGAAGGGAGGCAACUCCAAGUCCAUAAUGCAAGGAUUUUCAAUAUGCAGUGCAGAGUAACCUCUCUUCCCAUACCAUAAUUAUUGACAUAUUACAAUUAGAUUAAGAAACUAUUGCUAAUUUUGUUUUGAAGAAACUUCUAGUAAUAUUGCUUUGUAAUGGACACCUGACCAAUAUUCUCUAAUUUUAAACAAGUAUCAUGAAAAAUACUUGAAUAGUAAAGCCACAGAUUCUUCAUCUGUAAAAUCAUUUACUAGAUAAAAUUAUUAUACAUCACUGAAAAGAAAAAAAAGAAACUUGCGAAUCGACACCAAUAAUGUGUUUAUCAAAGAAAGGUUUCCAUCCCAUAUCAAUUACCAUUACAUUACACUCAAUCUGCCUCUAUUUUCUAAUCCCAUGAGGGAAAAAACACAUUACUGUGAAAUGUCAUAAAAUGCCUUCUUUUAUACUACUAGUACAGAAAACAUAUAAAAACUUAUAUAUGUUAAUGCAUGAGCAAAUUUUUGCACAGUAAACUUUGUCAGCAGUCCCUGUCAGUUUAUUAAGUUUCGCUAAAUAUUCGUAUGUUGACAUGUAUUUUAAAUCACAAAAAAACUCUUUGUUUAAUUAUUUAAUUAGU